ACACCAACGAAAAUUAUUUGUAAAAUUGACGAAAUAGAGAUAUUAUUUAGGCAUCCGUGAAGAAAUAAACACAAAAGCAUCAUGGGCAAGGGUUUCAACAAUUAUAUGUGCAAGAAAUUCUUCCAUCCCGCUUCCAGGGAUAAUCUGAAGAGGGUGUGGAUGGCGGAACAACAAGCCGACGCAUACAAAAAGAAACAGGAGGAGCUGCGUAACCAGUAUGAGAAGGAACAAAACCUACACGAGAACAAGGCCAUGCUCAGCAAGGACAGCAAAGACAAGCUGAGCGUCAAUUUCAUGUACGAGCCGCCGCCUGGAGUACGCAAGGAGCGCGAAAAGGACGAUGACGAGCCGGAGUACAAGUUCGAAUGGCAGCGCAAAUACAAUGCUCCCCGAGAGUCCUACUGCAAGGGCGACACCGAAAUCCGGGAUCAGCCCUUUGGCAUCCAGGUGCGCAACGUGCGCUGUCUCAAGUGCCACAAAUGGGGGCACAUCAACACGGACAAGGAGUGCAACAUGUACAGCAUAUCCAUGAGCGAGGCACGCAAGCUGCAUGCCGAAUCGGAGGCCACUGACAUCAUGUCCAAGAACGUGCUCGAGGAACAGAUGAAGGAAGAUGGUCUGAUGAUGAAGCGUUCCGCGUUGGAGCUGCAGAGCAUUAAGACCAUCCAGAAACAGCACCAGUUGGUGCCCAGCGACGAGGAGGAUGAGGCCAAUGCCAAUAAACAGAAUCCCGAGCUCAUGUUCCUAAAGUCGCUGACCAAAAAGCAGAAGCUAAAGUUGCUCAAAAAGUUAGAAAAGAUCGACCGGAUGAAGCGCAAGGGGGAGAGCAUCAAGAAGCCAUCCAAGAAAAAGUCAAAAAAACCAAACGAUGACAGAGACUCCAAGAAGAAAAAGUCCAAGAGCAGCCAAAAAGAGCGAUCGGCCAGAAAAGAAAGGAAAUCUGUAGACAGCGAUGGCUCAUCAUCCUCCACCGAUGGCGAUUCGGAAGACAACCAUAGGAGCCAUCACAAAGAUCAACAAUCUAGGGAGCCGCAAAGAAGAAAUGGUACCCAUCGUUCGAGGGAGUCUGAAGAUGGCCUCCAACGCCGACGGAAUGACAGAAGUCAGCGCAGAGAACGGUCUAGAGAUCGCUCCCGCUCCGCCAGCGGGGAGAGACGUCGGGAGAGGGAUCGCAGGGAUUACUCCAGACGAUAGUCCUACAGUUCUUCAUAUACUUUGUGUUUUUUCAAUUCCCCCACCAAUAAAAUAUCAGGGAGAAUACCCCAGGCAUUGGUUAGUA